AUGGAGAAGUACGAGCUGCUCAAGGACAUCGGCGCCGGCAACUUCGGCGUGGCGCGGCUCAUGCGCAACAAGGAGACGAAGGAGCUCGUCGCCAUGAAGUACAUCCCCCGGGGCCAGAAGAUUGACGAGAAUGUGGCGAGGGAGAUCAUCAACCACCGCUCGCUGCGGCACCCCAACAUCAUCCGGUUCAAGGAGGUGGUGCUCACGCCGACGCACCUGGCGAUCGUGAUGGAGUACGCCGCCGGCGGCGAGCUGUUCGAUCGGAUCUGCAACGCCGGCAGGUUCAGCGAAGACGAGGCGAGGUACUUCUUCCAGCAGCUAAUCUGCGGCGUCAGCAACUGCCACUUCAUGCAAAUUUGCCACCGAGACUUGAAGCUGGAGAACACGCUGCUGGACGGCAGCCCGGCGCCUCGCCUCAAGAUCUGCGAUUUCGGUUACUCCAAGUCGUCGCUGCUGCACUCGAAGCCCAAAUCGACGGUCGGCACGCCGGCGUACAUCGCCCCCGAGGUGCUCUCCCGCCGGGAAUACGACGGCAAGACAGCCGAUGUGUGGUCCUGUGGAGUCACCCUUUAUGUGAUGCUGGUCGGUGCUUACCCUUUUGAGGACCCAGAUGACCCAAAGAAUUUCAGAAAGACAAUUGGGAGGAUCAUGUCAAUCCAAUACAAAAUACCAGAGUAUGUGCACGUAUCCCAAGAUUGCAAGGAACUGCUUUCAAGAAUUUUUGUUGCAAACUCUGCAAAGAGAAUAACAAUCAGGGAGAUCAGGAACCACCCCUGGUUCCUGAAGAACCUGCCUAGAGAGCUCACAGAAGCUGCACAGGCAAUGUACUACAAGAAAGACAACAGCGCCCCGACUUACUCCGUCCAGUCCGUGGAGGAGAUCAUGAAGAUCGUGGAGAAGGCGCGGACGCCGCCUCCUUCCUCCACCCCCGUGGCUGGCUUUGGUUGGGCGGAGGAGGAGGACGAGCAGGAGGACAGCAAGAAACCAGAUGAAGAAAAUGAGGAAGAAGAGGAUGGUGAAGACGAGUAUGACAAACAGGUGAAGCAAGUUCACGCCAGCGGGGAGUUUCAUAUCAGCUGA